GUACCAGUGUCCGCCAGGAGAAAGCAAGGAGGAACCGGGCUGCAGUCUCGUGACCUCCGCGGGAAAGCCUGUUUGUUGUGCAUUGAAGGCUGACAACAGGUGCGAGUGACCAGCGCCCCCUGCAGCACACCGCCCUCACACCUCGCUCGUCGCAACACAACGGUGACGACGGAGACGCCGACGUGGGUGCCUCCUUCUCUCAGUCAUCGCGCAGACGUGAAAGUAGAAGGAUCUUGUGUCUGCUCUUUAUUGCACCUCGUGGGACACACACACACACCGCCACAAUGCGACUCAGCUUGUUCCUGUCCUCCCUGCUGGUGACAGCAGUAUCGGCAGGUGUUACCCGAAACCCCACCACCACCACCACCACCACCACCACCCCAACCACCGACACCAUCACCACUGCCACUGCAACCAACACCACCGCGGCAGCAACGGAGGAGGUGAAGAAGAGGGAGGAGGAGGCGGCUGAGAAGGAAGAGGAGGAGGAGGAGAGGCGUGUGGGGGUGAAUGGGUGGCUGGCUGCCCCCACCCAGUCCCCCUCCACCAGUACUCAGGCCCCGCCCAAGCAAGACAAGCCCGGCAUCUGUGAGUCUCCCAAGGGCUUCGGCAUCAAGUGCAUGACGCGCAUGGACCAGUGCCAGGACGACCACACCUGCCCCGGGGGCACCAAGUGCUGCCUGGUGGGGGAGUGCGGCCUCCUCUGCGUCAAGCCCAAGCCAACCUCUACUGACACUGCCAAGGUGGUCACGAAGGAGGGGACGAAGAAGAACAAGAAGGAAGGAGCUAAAGAAGGGAACAAGCAGGAAGCAAAGCAAGAGGAGGAGGAGGAGGCUGUAGUCAAGGUUAAGGAAAAUGGGGAGAGCAAGCAACAAGAGACGAAAGAGAAGGAGAAGCAAGGAACGGAGGAGGAAGUAGCUGCAGAGGAUCAAGGAAGUGAGGACCAAGCCACCCCUAAAACACCAACACAGAGAACGGUAUCAGAGAAGGAAGAAAACGCAACCUCUGCAACGCCAACUGAAGACAGCGCAUAAGACACUAUUUAGAGGCGUGUGGAGAAGGUGCGUGAGGGACAGAGCCAUUUUUUUUUCUUUUGCUGGGAAAGACAGACUGCACACCGCAGAAAGAACAAGAAACAAGUGCAGGGGAAUGUGUAGCCUGCCUUCCCUUGUGCAAACUAGAAAAAAAUGGCUUUAUCCCUCCUUCUUCUAUCUUCUUUUUCUUCCUCUUCCAUCUUCUCGGGCGCCUCACUUUUCCCCUCUCUGUCGCGUUCGCCAUUCUCGUUCUUCGCCAAGGUUGUUCGAUUCGCUUCUGUUGACUGGAAGCGUUGAAGCUCUCACUCCGUCUCCGUGAAGGUGUAUGAUAUUAUGUACGAUGUCUAUAAUGCUUUAAUUUUUUACAUAUUUUUUUUGCUUCUACUUUUGUUGUUAAUAUUAUUCAGGCCUUAUUUCUCCUGGCCACGCUGUCCUGUGCAGUGUAUCGUCUAUUUUCCGUUGUUUGGUCGUUAGUUUCUGUGUGUGUUUACCGCCUUCACGCCUGUCUUGACUUGGUGGUCAGUAGAUCGAGUGUGUGUGUGUGUGUGUGUGUUGUAGUUUUGUUGUUAGUGUUGUUGACAGUGUAUGUGCGUUUUGUAUGGCUGACGCUGCCCUCAAUAAAGCCUUCAGGAUUUUA